AUGUACUCCCGCGCCAUUGCCGCCGCCCGCACCGCCGCGCCCGCCGUCGCGCGCGCACGCAUGAUCCACGCUUCGCCCGUUGCUGCGAAGACUGUCACUGAGUCUGUUGCGGACGCUGCGAAGAAGGCGGACAAAGUCACAGGCGAGAAGCUCGCAGCCGGGCUCGACAAAGCGCAGGGCGCAUCGCAGAAGACAAAGGAGACGCUCGGAUAUGCGAAGGAGAACCCGGAGCAGGUUGUGAACCAGGCGAAGCAGAAGGGAUAUGAGGCGAAGGAGAAGGUCAAGGAUGACGCUGCUACCACGGCCGCUGCUGCGAGCAACAAGGCGGAUCAGGCCAAGGCGGAGGUUGAGAAGAGGAAGUAA